AGGAAACCCAAAUGUGCUCGCUGCCGGAAUCAUGGGAUGGUAUCGUGGUUAAAAGGACAUAAACGACACUGCGGUUUUAAAGACUGCGAUUGUGCGAAAUGUAAUUUGAUUGCGGAAAGACAGAGAGUGAUGGCCGCACAGGUCGCACUCAAACGCCAACAAGCCGCAGAA